GCGAAUAAUGUCAUUCUUUUUCCUUGUUGUUUGGAACUUGUCUCCAAUCUAUGUAAGGUAUCUGUCCCUUGUAUCUUAUUUUAUUUAUUAUUUAUUUGAUAUUGUUUUUUUGUUGUUGUUGCUUCAUGGUUGAUGUGCUGAGUACUUGUCUGUAUGUUUUGUAUGCUGUUUUGCAAUAAAUGUAAAUACAAAAUACAUUUUAAAAAAAGGACACCGUCACGAAAGCACACACUGUUCAGUCCUUUUAUCUCCACCCAUAGGUGGAGGAUACCAAUGACUAGGCUUGACAAGGAGAUUGUGCCGAUUGACGGUAAAAGCAGGAAGUAUAGGGUUAACCACACAGACAAUAGACACCCUUACUCAACGAAGCAAAAAAGACAAUCCGGACAAAGUGUUGGUCUUGGUAUAACUCCUAGAGCAGGCACACUUAGUGAAACACGCAGCUUAAGUUAGGUAACGCUUACUUAGACCUACAGUCUUAUUGUAGCGUACUUCGAAAUAAUAAUUCAGUAUUAUAUAUUCAUCAUGAAGUAGCGCGUAGAAAUAGGCUAUCAACCAGCUUCACACAGCGCUGCUUUGCCCCCUCUUUCGAAUUUCUCAGCAAGAGGCAACAAUGUCUUCUACAGCCCGUUUCGACUGGAAGGUGCCUUUCUACAUCAUUUGUGUUACUUGUGGACUGAUAACGUUGCCACUGUUUUUAAAGUCCAUUGGCAAUCAGCUAUCCACAGUCUGUACAGCUUAUGUGGGAAAGGUACCUUCUGUGAAAGAGACAAAUAUUUCAUCAGUGAUUCAAAAGUCAGAGAAACCCAUUCUUUUGAUCUGGUUGUGGCCAUAUGGUGUGAAGUUUGAAUUAAAAGACUGCAAGACCCAUUUCAACAUAGACAGCUGUGUUCUCACAGAUGAUCGGUCCCUGUACAAUGUUGCAGAUGGAGUCUUAUUUUACCACAAGAGCAUAGCAUGGGAUCUCGGCAAUCUUCCUAAGGAUCCACGCCCAGCAUUCCAAAAGUGGAUUUGGUACAAUGUUGAAUCUCCAACCAACACGGGCAGAAAAGCUGGACUGGAAAACUUGUUCAACCUCACUUUGACCUACAGACGAGACUUGGACAUCACUGCUCGCUAUGAGUUGAGCAUUGUGAAAAGUCCGGAACCAUUUGUGUGUCCCCAGAAAAACAAAAUUGUUUGCUGGAUUGCAAGUAAUAACAUAGCUGGGACUGGCGCAUCAGUCCGACAGAACUAUUACAACGAACUAAGGAAACAUAUCGAUGUGAAUGUGUAUGGUCGAGCUGUCUCAGGAGCAAGUUCUCUAAGGCAAGAAGACUAUUACUCUACUAUUGCUAGCUGCAAAUUUUACCUGGCCUUUGAAAACUCCAGGCAUGAAGACUACAUCACAGAAAAGUUGAAUGGACCAAUGGUCGCUGGGACUGUGCCAAUAGUUUUAGGCCCUUCCAGGGAGAACUAUGAACAGUUUAUUCCUGCAGACUCAUUCAUCCAUGUUGAUGACUUCUCUGAUCCAAAAGCAUUGGCUGAAUACCUGCUUCAGUUGAAUCAGAACGAGGAGAUGUAUAUGCGUUACUUUGCAUGGAGGCAAUACUUCAAAGCUACACCUCAUCUUCUAUCUACACAAAAUGAAUUCACACAGCCCAUCUGUGCUGCCUGUGACCAUAUUGCUAAGGAUAACACCUUUAAUGUGGUCCAUGAUCUUUUCUGGUGGUUCCAUAAAAAUGUUGAGGGGCACCAGUGGAAGUAGAGGUUAAGGUCUAUUAAGAGACUUAUUUGUCUUCGACUUAACUCUGCAUAUGACAGUAACGUAUUUAUUGUUGGUUUAAUCAUAUAAACAUAAGUGAAAAAAGUUAGAAAAUUGGCAAGAAGUGCAAAACAUAAAAGUGUUCCAUUUCUGCUAAUGUGUCUGAUGUGGGCUUUAGUUUGUUUAGCGCUUUGAUUUAUUUCUUUACUAAGUUUUACAGUUUGUUUUCUGCAAAAACUCAAACUCAUGCGCAUAUUAAUUGGAAUUCUUUCAAAUGAUGGUCACCUGUACAGGUCUUUAGUUAUUGCUUUGACUACUGCUAGUAUGUUAUCAUAGACCGGCAAAUCUAGAAAAGAUUUAAGCAUGAAACAUUUUUCAUGUGUUGUGAAUAUAUUACAUAGAAAUUGACAAUGUAAAUUUUAACGCAAAACAUUGUUUGGAUAUGAUCAUGACAUAAGUGGAUUGUGUAUUAAUAUUUCAACAUCAGAUUGACUUAAACAAUAAAACAUUAUAGGCAGUUGUAUUUAGACUUACAGGCUAUCAUUGUUAUGUAUUUUGUUGGCAUGGUGUGGAUUGGCCAAACUGCCCUUCAGUGUACUACUGCCUUUUGUAACAUGGUUGCCAGAAAUGAAUAUGAUUCACCUGUAAUUUCAAAAAAAAAUGUUUUAUUAAACUUUACAUUUAUUUUCAUGUC